UGUAUUGAAAUGUUGGUGGGCACAGCUAAGAAAAUACAAUGCUCAAUAUUGGAUAGAUGAAUUCAAGGACCUGGAAUGCAGUGAACUUUAUGACCCUGAUAUCAGCAACGACAGAAUGUGCCUCACAGCUGUAUAUAUGCCUUUGAUUAAGAAAGAGUUGGAUGAUUUUGUAGAUGAAUGGAACACACAUCGUAUACGUAAACAAAAUAGAGUCCUAAGACCUUGUGGUAUUCCUGAGGACAUAUAUAAUUUCCCUGAGAAUCAUGGGGGAAUUGAAUGUGGUUUCAAACCUCGUCAGUCAGACAUUGAUGAAAUUGAAAGAAGACACAAUUUUUAUGAACAUACAGAUGGUUAUCUACCGGAAGAUUUUAGAGAGAAAGUUAAACAAUUAAAUUUGGAUGUUAACAUUUCAAAUGCAAGAGAAUGUUAUCUUGAACUUAGAGAUCAUUUUGCGUCAACAUGUACAUAGAUAGUAUAAACCAUUAGCCAUGGUUUUACCUUCAAAUUCAACAGAAUGCUGAUUUAAGCACAUAUUGUGGUGAAAAUACUUCAAAAUCUGUCUAAAAUUAUUUGUUUUUAGUAUUAGUGAACAGUAUGUAAACUUUCUUAGUUCACUGUCAAUCUAUAUUUUUUAAACCUGAAGAUUUCUAAAAUACCAAUUUUGACUGGUUACAAUAAAGUGGUAUAUAUAUAUAGUCAUCUGAAACUGAAGUGACUUUCGGCGAGUAGCAGUUUUUUGUAAAGUUUGAUUCACCAUCAGUCAAAAUUAGUUUAAACUGAUCACAGGAUUUAAUCAGGUAUAUUUUUAUCAGUCUGCAGUAGUGGACACAGUUUAAUAUUUAUUUGUUUACAGUUUUUAAAAUUAGUUUACUUCAGAUGGCAGUUACCUAGUUUAACUAUUCAAAACUGAAUUACAGUGUUCAUGUAUGGUCAUCGAAUCAGUCAUUUCAUUUUUGUGUCAAUCUUAUAAAGCCACUAUACCCUAAUCUGAUCAUUUCAAGUUGAUUAUAUUUAUUGACAGAAGUUUAUUUCCCAUGUAUUAAUUGCCAGUGAUUAAAGUCGAUAUUACUGAAAUCUCCAAUAUGAUUAAUUCAUGUACAAAUUCUGUCCUUCACUUGUGUUCCAGAAUGUUAGCCUAUUAAUAAACAAUAUAUCUUGUGACUAUGCCACAUUUCUUUAUAGCUAAUUUACCUACUAUUGGUUGGUGUUAUGUUUACACAAUGACUAGUAAGGGUGCAGUUUAGUGUACGACAAGUCAUUGUCAAUGACAUAGUCCCUGUCUAGUUUUUAUACUCUUAAUUGUAAACAAUGAAAGAUGUUGAUAGAAUAUAAUUAAUGUUGCUGAAGGUCAAAUGAAAACAAAUCAAUGUUUUGGACUCAUUCAGCAGAGACUUAAAAACAGUGCAGGUUAACAUACAUGUAUUCCACACAAGUCACAAUAAGGUAGCAAUAAAAUAAGGGAUUUAUUCUAACCAAGUUUGACACGCUAUUUAAUAACAAAUUACAACAGUUUGUAGGUGUACUUCUGAGAUCAAUAAACAAACACAUUCACUUGCAUGAACAAUUUAUUUCAAUGAAUAUGUAACACAUUAAAAUGGAGUUUGUUUAAACAAA